CUUGCCACCAACAUAUUGGUCAUCGGAUUACUCACUAGGACAUCAAAAGAGCGAGGUUUGAAGUUGGCCGAAUGAGCGGCCCUUCAAGUCCCGCAGUAUGUUUUUCCCGUUUUUUCUGUAUUUAAUAUUACUUUUUGGAGAUAUUGAGCGAUGUUCUUCACAUUCAGUAGUUACUAUUCAGCAUGGGAUAUUUACAAAUAUUACCAUCAAUGGGUUGGUCUAUGUUGAAGUCCAAAAUAUUCCUCUCGGGAGCAGAUUUGUUGUGUAUCAGCUUCACAGCCCAUUCAACCCACUUUUAGUGUCACUGUCUCCAUCAUUCACAUAUGAUUCGUUGCAGUUUUCAGCCCACAGUGGUCUAGCUGGCUUUGUGGAGAACAAAACUACUUCGACUUUCUAUGUUUAUUCUUCGUAUAAUCUCCCGGUCAAAGCAUGGGUUAAAGCUGUUGCAUACGGACCAGAGUUUCCCGUACCAGGGGGUUGUGGAGGUGACACUCAGAGUGGGAUCAUAAAUACAGCUGUUACUACUGACAUAAUAACUAAAAAUAUAAAUUUUUCAGGAUUGACUUCAAAUCGUGUUGACUUACUGAGCUACUGGACAUCUUCCCUCCAAUUUUAUGCAGCUUCUGUGCCAAAAGAAUCUGGGGGUUUUGCAUGUCCUAAUCUAAACGUUUCGGAUGGACAUCCUGGUGACCUUAUUUAUCACGUAUUCAGUACACCUUUAAUAACUGCUGGAGGCGCGUAUGGGGCGUUUAUAGAUCCUAAUCCAGAUGAAGUUGCUGUGGUCAUAAAUGGAAUGACGGAUUUCGGACAUGCGUCAUUUGGGGGCACUUACAUACGUUCCUUCCGUCUCAGUGAGCUUCGUUUUGAUGAUCAAUUCAUGUCUAACGUACUUGUAUCACGCCGUCCAGCUACCGCAUAUAUUGUUACUGUUGUUGUGGAGUACUCAGUUUCUGGUGGCACCUGGAAAGUGCCCUACGUUCCUGUAGUUCUUUUCGGAUGUCGUGCUGAAAGUUUGUCACACUUUUAUCGUGUUGGAUACAACCAACCCGCUUUAAAUGCUAGUUCUCAUGUAGACUGUGGCAUUCUUCCUAAAGAUACACCAAUUAUUCUGUUCCCCAUUGCUGUUUUACUUCUUGCGAGCUGCCUGUACGCCACUUCCUGCAACAUAUGGAUAUGGCCCCGUUGUGCUGUCAGCAUGAUGAUAAUGGCUUCCGUUAUUGGAUUAAUAUUCUUCUACAGAUUCUCAGAUGAUUAUAGUAACACCCGCGUUAUUUUGAUCUCAAGUGCCUUACUGCCAGCUUUGCUUGCCCUAGUCAUAUUUGUAAUACUUUGGUGGCGUUGUAUUCGUCCUACUUUGCAUUAUCGCCGUGUGUUUGGGCGUGGUCCACUAGUAAAGGUGGGAAAUACCACAUCUGCUCUUGUUAACGAGCCUUGGAAUUCAGAUGUAUUGGAUUAUAAUCAUGCAAAUACCAGUGUUCCAUUUGAAUGUGCAUCACAAGCCGAAUAUACAUCAACGAAUACUGUUAAUAUAUUGCCUCUAUUGAAUGAAGAAGAGGCUAACAUUAGUAUGUUGCGAUCAGAUAAUAAUUCAGUAUCCCAGCAUUUAGUAAACCGUUAUAACAACUCAACCAAUCCUAAUGAGCUUACUAGUAAUGAUGAUAUCGACAGUGAUGAAAAUUACGUUCGGAUUUAUGGUAUUCGACUUUUUCGCAGGCCUAGAGAUUGUCUGAAAUGCGCAAACAGUUCAUCUGGCCCAUAUAAACUCUUCGACUUACGACCUCGUCGUCUUGCUCGCCUCCCGCCUAUUUUACCUGCAACAUUUAUCUUCAUCGGUUAUCUGUGUAUCUCUCUUGACCGUACUCUCAAAUUGGACAGGUCUGCGGUUUCAUUUUUCGCCUUUUCUAUCAUAAUGUCAGCAUUGGUGAUGGGUUUGCUGAGUAUAUUUAAAAACUUUGCAUUCGGUAUUUCAACUGCCUUUGUAGGCUUCUACACAACAUUAUGUUGUGCAAGCUUCUUUCUCAUUCCGAACAGCUUAUUACCUCACGUUGUAAUUGAAUACUUCUUAAGGCUCACUUGGUUCGAUGUAAGAUUGUCUACUCUACGUAUUGAAUUCUACGGUCUGUAUGAUGUCAUUCUUCUUGUUAUCUGGUUUGUUGGAAGUGUUUUCUUUGGUUUGUUGACAUUGUGUCUAGUACGUUUGCAAGAUGCCCGUGAGUUAGCUGAAGCCCAUCAUUACAGCACAGUGAAUACAGAACUACCAUAUGCCAGUGUACAUGGUUUAAAUCGUGUAAGUACUACUAGCGAUAGUACCUCUUUAUUGGGUGGUGUUGUUAGUGGCGGUGAUAUUAGACCAAGUUCAAGAUCUUUGCAUUAUGUACCUCGUAUAAUUCCUGUGCCGUGUCUAAGUCCAAAUUUGAAUUCAAGAAGUAAUAUGCACACUUCACAUUCAUCUCUAAGGCUGCAUGAAAAAGUAGAUGGGGAAAAUGCAAUAGAAGACUCUACGACUGGUAAUUACUGUCGUCCAUCCAAUUCAUCCACACCAAAAGUUUUAACAGAAAAUCAACCAUUAUUGCAAAAUCGAUUUUACAAUAAUUAUGGUGGUUUAAGAAGCAACAGUGCUGGACCUCCAGUUUUAUUACCUUUGAGUAGAGUUCAACUGGCUGCUGUUGCUGGUGCUGCUACUGCUUCGCAUUCUAUGUCAUUUAGUCCAUCAUCAGCUGCACGUAAUAAUACAAUAGGACCAACUCAAUCAAACACGAUAGAAGAUGAAAUAAAUCCUUUCCAUACUCCUCUCUAGAAUAAAAUUCACUAACUUCACAAUAUUUUAUUUAUUUUACUUAAUAUAUUUUAUACAUCAUUCUAUCCAUGUGUUUUUAAUAACUUUAUCUAUUCUAUUUAUAUAUUUGUUAUCAUUUAUCAAGAUUUGUCUUUCGCUUAUAAUAUUAACUUGAAUCGGAAGUCUGCAUUAAAAAGAACCUUACAUUACUCGGAUGCGAUUGAUUGCUGCAAAAUUCUGGUUGUGAGAGCAGUUACCCUAUUGAUUACUGA